AUGAUCGAGUUUUGUCUUGUCAAAAGAUAUAUGAGUAAUAUUAACUAUGAUAGUCUGAGUUCUCGUGGUCGUGGUGUUUGGAGUAUCAACACAAGCACAGUAACGAAGCUAUCGAUCUAUAGUCUCUAUUAUCAAUGUUUGGAGAGGGGAAAAGAUAAUUUAAGAUCGAAAUGUGUAAAUUUCUUUGUUGAAUAUCAUCGAUACAAAUUUAUACAUUAUUUCGAUGUUCAAGGUUAUAUCAAGUUCAUUGUCGAUGUCUUCUUUGAUCCUUCAUUCGAGGUAUUCAACAACAUGUCAUCAUUUAAAUGUCGAGCGCAUAACCCAACAAUAAAACAUAUUUACAAUAGAAUAAUCAAUGAUAAAAGAAAACUGAAUGAGGAAGACCAUCAAUUAAAGAAAAGAAUAGAGAUCUAUCAAGAAUGUUCUUUUGGAUAUAUGAGCAGCUUGGGAUUCAACUCUAAUGAUUUCUACGAGAAGGUUUCGGUCAAGAAAGAUCAAAAUGACAAAAAGAAUCAAGAACAAAUCAAUCAAAAUGAUGAAGUACAAUUGAAGAAGAAUACAAUCACCGACAGUGAUCCUACAUUCAUCAACAAGGAUUCUAGGUAUAUUCUACAAGAUAUAUUACUGGAAAGAAUCAUAUCAUUUUUAGUGGUAAAUCUACCAACAUUCGAUAUUGAACAAAGUGAUGUCGAGAUUGUUUUGAAUAUGGCAUUAGUUUCCAAAAAGAUCUUCAAAAUCGUUUCAAAGUAUAUUCCAAAUGGUUAUUAUUUACGUGGUCCAGCCAAUCUCCAAAGUGAACAUUGCUUUGUCCAAUCACCACCAAGGUUCUUUGAUUAUAAUUCAAUCAAAUAUAUCAAAUAUGGUGAGAGUACCGAUCGUACCAAUCAAUUAUUCGAAAGAGUAGAGGAGUUUCAUAUCAACUCUGACGAAUACGAUUGGGAUUCCAAAAAUGUAGUUGAACGAGCUUAUAUUGGAGAUCAAACAUUCGCCUAUGACAAUGAAUUAUCUUUCUACUUAGAUUCUUUGUUUUUAGAUGGUUACUUGACACAUCUACCAGCAAUGCCGAAACUAAAGCACAUCACUGUCAGAAGAUACUAUGGAUUUAAAUCAAACUACAGUUCACUUCUAACAUCUAUUUUGGAGAGCACACCGAAUGGCAAUGGUCAUGGUAUCGAAUCGUUCAAUAUCAAAAUCUAUAAAGAUUCAAUAGCUAAACCAAAUUUCAGUAACUUGGACUUCUUGGUACCAUUGUUAAGAUUACACUCAAACACAUUGAAAUCAGUAGAAAUCAGGUAUAUCGAUUCUUGCUUCGAGAAUGAUAUAAAAGAGUUACUUCAGAAAUUGAAAAAUUUUAUUGCAACAUUGGAAAAACAUAGUUUCUCAUUUAUCUUGCGUGCCAACUAUCAAAGGUUAGAAAGAGUUUGUCGAGAUGAUCAAGAUCGAAAAAUAUAUCAAUACUUACUCAAUCAUAAGAUCAAAAAUAAUAUACCUGAUGGAAUCGAAUCUGACGAUUUUUUAUAA